UCCAUCUCACUUCAUCACACACCUUAAGAGUACUCAAUUUUUCUACCACAUGGCCACAGUUCAGUCUUCAAGCUUGUUCUUAUACAAGGGUCUGGCCCAGUUUCAUUGCCCUCGUCGUGGAGGAAUAGUUUGUGCUGCCAUUAGGGGUCCUGAAAUCACCAUGGAUCCAAUCUCUUUCCCAAAUCUCUCAGGUAGGAGUUUGAUUGAGGAAUUGAGCUUGAGAAAUGGUAGUAGUGCUUAUACAAUAAGCUCCCCUUCGACCCAUGCAGACAAAUCUCCUGACCCUGUCGUGGAUUCUAAAUUUUACGCAAUCAUGGACGCUGUUGCGGAUAGGGUGGAGAUGCAUAAGAAUAUCGGAGAGCAGAGGGACAACUGGAACCGCCUCCUUCUGACUUCCCUCAACACCAUGACCCUUGCUGCUGCCACCAUGAACGGGCUGGCGGCCGCCGCAAGUGUAACCGGUGGACCCCUUUUAGCACUCAAGGUCUCUUCCACGGUACUUUACUCCGCAGCCACUGGAAUUUUGUUGAUGAUGAACAAGAUCCAGCCGUCCCAACUCGCAGAAGAACAAAGGAAUGCUGUUAGAUUAUUCAAGCAGCUCCAUUUCGAACUCCAGAUGAAGUUAUCUCUUGGAAAAGUUACCAUCAACGAUGUGAAUGUAGCAAUGGAGAGAGUUUUGGCUCUUGAUAAGGCUUACCCUCUUCCUCUCCUCGGCGCCAUGCUUGAAAAAUUCCCUUCUUUGGUCGAACCCGCAGUGUGGUGGCCGCAGCAAAAACAAAGGAGAAGACAGGAGAGUGCAGGGGGUAGAGUAGAAGGAAACGGAUGGAAUCCAAAAAUAGAAGAGGAAAUGAGGGAAAUUGCUGAAGUCUUGAAGAGAAAGGAUGUAGCGGAAUACUUAAGGUUGGGGAAAAAAGCCUUGGACUUCAACAGAAUACUAGCAAUCUCCGGUCCUUUACUAACUGCUCUGGGAGCUCUGGGGUCUGCUUUCAUUGGCACAUCCCUCGGUUCAGCAGCCGUGAUGGUUGGAGUCAUUGCCGGUGCUCUGGCCACCGUGGUGAACAGCAUAGAACAUGGCUGCCAAGUAGGGAUGGUGUUCGAGAUGUACCGGAGCAACGCCGGUUUCUUUAAGCUUGUUCAAGAGAGUAUAGAGUCCAACAUCAAUGAAAGGGAUGUUGAGACAAGAGAAAACGGAGAAGUUCUUGAAUUGAAGUUGGCUCUUCAGCUAGGAAGGAACAUCAAAGAACUCAAGCAACUAUCACCUUCUGAGUUUGGGAGCAAGCUCUUUUAAUUCUUGUGAUUUAAUGUGAUCACAUGUUCUUGUACAAAUUAUUCUAACAUGGCAAAUUCAUUCAUUCAUUUUUGUUAACGAUAUGUAGAAAGUACUUGAAAAUCAUAAAAAAUUUUCCUUUUG